GCGAUGUAAAACUAAUGCUAUCAAAUGUUUAUAUUCAGCCGCUAUAAUUGGGGGCCACGAUUAUUUGUUGUUGCUCAAUACUGAUUUCAAGAUUUGGGACACUUAGCAAAUCACUUACAAUGUUUCCUGUUAAUGACAUCAUAUUCAUUAUAGGAAUCUUUAUUAUCGGUAGUCUUGGAGCACCAACCAAUGUACAAGAAUAUGAAGAAGUCGGUAUACCGUUUCAAGCUGAUGACGUCAAUUUCCCAUCGGCACCUGUCAAUAUCAGCAGAACGGCAGCUUUAGACGCCAAUUUCAAAUUUAAAUGGGUGGCUAUGGAUGGCAGUAUUUUUGAUGAGAACAAUGGGGUGGAUAUACGCAUAGAGGUUGCUGCCACGACGAGUGUAUCCCAGAAUGCACAUAUGAUAGGAUCGAGAAUCAUCGCAAAUAUGCUGAGGUAUGCGCCAGAGAGCUACUUUGAGGAGCUGGCCAAUAACGGACGAGUGGGACUGUUCAUCAGAACGGAGGGGUCCACAGUCUACCCUGAGUAUGAACACCUUCGCGACCGGCCCGAAUGUGAAGGAACCUGUGAAUUUGAUUGUUCGAAUACCUGUACUAGUGAUGGGAGAAAAUAUGACUCUCUUGCUGGCUUAGGUGGCCGGAGAGCGACCUGCUUAGAUGACAACAUCAUGUGCAAUAGCAAUGACCCAUAUAGGUCAACGUUUAACGUGUUGUCACAUGAGUUUGCUCAUACAUACCACCAAUACGCAUUACCUGUCGAUGUUCAAACAGAGAUCUCGCUAGCGUACCAAAAUGCACUCGCCUUGGGUAUAUGGGACACUGGAUCCUACGCCAUGAGCAAUGAACUGGAGUAUUUCGCAGAAGCUAGUACUGUCUUCUUUAAUACUAAUAUCCAUGGGAGCAGUACGGGGGGAAUGAACAGCUGCGGAAGACUUUCUGGUUUCUGUCAAAACGAAGCUGAAGCACGAGACUGGUUGAAUUUUGCUGAUAACAACAUAUAUAACAUACUGGUGGAGGUGUACACCAACAAUCGUCCUGAACUUCAAGGAGAGUUGGCAGUUUGUACCUCAUCGUAGCGAUGUCUUGUCUGAAAAUUGAAUAAGAUGUUACAUUUUACGGACAUUUAAGACAAAUUAAAUGUUGAUUCGUUAAUGAAAACACAGAAUGAAAUCCUGUGCUAAAGGCUGAUAUGUUAUGAUUAUGUAUUUUAAUAGAAAAUUAAAAAUCUAGUUAAAUUAAAAAUUCAAAUAUGCAAUCAAAUGGAUAAAAUGUUGGUCCUUAUAUUUAUGGUAUAUUUUAGAAGAGGGAUACAUCCACUUUUAGGCCAAUCCGUGUCAUACAAUUUGGUGAUACCGAAGUCAGGCUUUGUUGCGUUAGUAUAUUUAGAGAACGAUUCAACAUUUGUGGUAUUUAGCCUCAUUGUUAUCUCAAACAUACAGG